UUGGGGGUGAAUGGACCCCUGGGCCAUGCUCUGUGCUCUGCGCUGACAACCCACCCUCUGCCAGCAGCCACCUUGGUUCUCCCACCUGGCCCCGUCUGCCCACGCGAUGCCGCUUCCCGACACCAUGUUCUGCGCGCAGCAGAUCCACAUCCCUCCGGAGCUGCCCGACAUCCUGAAGCAGUUCACCAAGGCCGCCAUCCGCACGCAGCCUGCGGACGUGCUGCAGUGGUCCGCGGGCUAUUUUUCAGCUCUGUCUCGAGGGGAGCCUCUCCCUGUGAAGGACAGGCUCGAGAUGCCCGUGGCGACACAGAAGACCGACACGGGCCUGACACAGGGGCUCCUCAAGGUCCUGCAUAAGCAGUGUAGCCACAAGGAGUACGUGGAGCUAGCAGACCUGGAGCAGAAGUGGAGAAAUCUCUGCCUGCCAACAGAGAAGCUCAGGGCGCUCCUGCAGCUGGAUCCGUGUGAGAAGAAAAUGGAGUGGAUAAAGUUCCUAGCCCUCGGAUGCAGCAUGCUUGGCGGGUCCCUGAACUCAGCCAUGAAGAACCUCUGUCAGAUUCUGACGACCGACCCCGAGGGUGGGCCCGCACGCAUCUCCUUCAAGACCUUCUCCUAUGUGUACCGGUACCUGGCUGGCCUGGAUGCAGACUUGCCCCGCUCAGACAUAGAAUCCUACCUUGACAACCUGAAGGAAAAUAUAGAGUCUAGAAAGAAUGGCAUGAUAGGACUUUCAGAUUUCUUCGUUGCCAAGAGAAAAAUUUAAAAAAGCCAGGAAGAACACUCAGAAGACAUAGGCCAUAAGUACAGAAAGGAACACUUUUUAAAGUCAAAAUAGUGCCUUCAAACCCCAGCACCAAAUACAGCUUGUUAUGAGCCACGUAGGUGUGUAGUGUGAGUUUUUACCCUAGCAGGACAUUCGUCGGGCAGAGGUUGUUAGGGGGCACAUUUAAUUCCUGCCCCUUCCAUUAUAUCCUGUGAGCACCUUACCUGGAGAUGCGUCAUAACGGUGAAGUAGUCUGUUUCACGAUCGGGCUGGUGAGUAGGUGGGGGAUGGGCUCUUCUUCGUCUUCAUUGGAACUGUGACCAGCAGGGACCCACGCUCCACUCCAGGGUCCACACGGAUGCCUACGAGAGCUUCUACUUGCUGAUGCUGGACAGCGCAGCACCUAUCC